AUGAUUGACACAGAACAAUUAAUCACUGCUGUCUUCAACGAACUUGAUGAAGAACAUACUGGGCAUAUUGAUAUUAGCGAAUAUUAUGCUGGACUUUGCCAGUUCAUUCCUGAAGCGUCUUUUGAUGCUGCAAAGGCUUUGUUUAAAAUCACUGAUACUCAAAAAAAUAAUCAUAUUGAUUUAAAACAAUUUAUUGAGUUAGUUCACUUUUAUGUCAAAAACCAAGACGAUGAAGAUGAAUAUUCAAUCCUUUUUAAAAAGUGUAAUUCAAAUGGUUUUGUUCAAAUAGAACAAGUCCACCAAAUGUUCAUCGCUAUUAACAAUAAAUUAACAAAAGAACAAAUUAAUGAAGUGUGUAAAGAGUUUCAUAAAGAACAAGAAGAUAAAUUAAGUUACCAAGAAUAUAUGAAUUGUGCAUCAAAAAACUACAAAGAUCACGUUUGGUUUAAGGGAAAAUAUAAACCUUUCAAGACAAGAGAAGAUGAACGAGAUAAGAUUUAUAGAGAGAAACAACGAUUUGGUGAUCCGAUGAGACAAUUGUUUAAAAAAAGAAAAGAAAAAGAAAUAAAGAAAGGAAUUGAAGAAAAAGCACAAGAAAUGAAUGAGACAAAGGAGGGGAAGAAAGAAAAUAGUACAAAGCAAAGACCAAAGUACCAAGGGAAAUUUCCACAAAAUAGGUUUGGAAUUGCACCAGAUUAUAAGUGGGAUGGAGUUGAUAGAGGGAAUGGGUUUGAAAAGAAAUAUUUUGCAGAAGUGAAUAAGAAAAUUAUUCAAAAGAGAAAAGAAGAUUUUAAUGAUGUUGUAGAUUGGUGA